UGGAGAAACAAUUUAAACACAGUACUACCAGGGAUGUGGUGGGGAUUGAACUUAAAACGUCUUGCUUACAAAGCGAGCAUUCUUCCACUACCACAUAAUAACAUAUAUCUGUGUAUAUUAUAAGCAGUUAGAAACAUGGAAAGCUCUUGUUGUUCUCCAAGAUGCAAAGUUGGUCCCUCUAUUCUUAAUACCGAUUUAUCCCAAUUGGCUACAGAGUGUGAGCGUCUCAUUGAAAGUGGUGCAGAUUAUCUUCAUCUUGAUGUCAUGGAUGGACAUUUUGUCCCAAAUAUUACAUUUGGAGCUCCUGUAGUAAAGUGUUUACGAACGCAAAUUACAAAAACUUUUUUUGAUAUGCAUAUGAUGGUUGCUGAUCCAAAAAAAUGGAUCAAUGAUAUGCAAGAUGCUGGUGCAGACCAAUACACAUUUCAUAUUGAAGCAACAGAUCAACCUGCUAAUGUAAUUCGAACAAUAAGAGAAACUGGUAUGAAAGUAGGCAUUGCAGUUAAACCAAAAACUGAUAUAGAAGUAAUUUUACCUUAUAUAAAGGAUGUUGAUAUGGUUCUUAUUAUGACAGUGGAACCUGGAUUUGGUGGACAAAAGUUUAUGGCUAACAUGAUGCCUAAAGUUGAACUUGUGCGUGAAGCGUUUCCGUUUAUAGAUAUUGAAGUUGAUGGUGGUGUUGGGCCAAGUAAUAUUGAAAUUGUUGCCAAAGCUGGAGCUAACAUGAUUGUAUCUGGUGUUGCAAUAGUAAAGAGUGAGUUUCCAAAACAAGUUAUAAGUGAAAUUCGUGAUAGUGUUAAUAAAUAUAUGCCAAAAGUUGAAAAAAGAGUGACUAAGAAUGUUUGAACAAUGCUAAAUGUGAGAUUAUUUAGCAUUGUUAUGCUAUAGGAAAAAAAAAAGGUGCUGGGAUGGUUUAUAAUUUUUGAAAAGACUUCCAGAUGGCAUCACUUCAAACACAUAAUAAUAUCUGUGCAUAUACAUAAAAGUUUGUUGUUUUAAUUUUUUUUUGUUUUUAAUUUGUUCUGUUGAUUUUUAGAUUUUUUGUUGAUUUUUCUGAUUCUGUAGAUUGUUAGAAUUUUUUAUUUAUUUAGAAUUUAAUUAAACAAAACUUAAAUUAUCUCUUCAUUUCUAAAAUCUUAGCAAGUAUUCAAUUUUUCAUAUACAUUUAUAAGCUGCAUAACAUUUAAUUAGUUUUUGUGGUUUAAGUGGAAUUUUAUACCAUUGAGGAUUUUAAAACAACUAUGUAUUUUAGUAAAAAAAAAAAUCGGAUUUUUUUUUAA